ACAAACUCAAUCCUUGAUCUAAACAUGACCAACAACUCAUCCUCCAAUGAUUCCGACGACCCAAAGCCUAUAUAUAUACAACUCCUCAAUUGUUGAUUUACACUGCACACUCAAUCCUUGAUCUCAACAUGACCAACAACUCAUCCUCCAAUGAUUCCGACGACCAAAAGCCUCACUUUGUAUUAGUCCCCCUCCCAGCCCCAGGGCACAUAAUUCCCAUGGUCGACAUGGCUCACCUCCUCGCCGACCAUGGCGCCCUCGUCACCCUCAUCACUACUCCCGUUAAUGCGUCUCGCCUUCAGACCGUCAUCGAUCGCAUUGCUGAAUUAAGAAUCUCGAUUCGAUUCCUUUCCCUUCCGUUCCCAUCCACCGAGGUCGGCCUCCCCGAAGGGUGCGAGAAUCUUGAUGACGUUCCCUCGAACAAACUUCUCAGCAACUUCCUGCAGGCCUGCGCAUUGUUACGCGAGCCCCUGCUGCAUCAUUUUCAACGUCACGAAGAUCCUCAUCCAGACUGCAUCGUGUCGGAUGCAGGACAUAUAUGGACGCACAAGCUAGCACGAGAGCUUGGCAUUCCCAGAUUCACAUUCAAUGGCUUUGGCUGCUUCGCGCUCGUCUGUCGACAUAUCUUUCAUUUUGACAGGAUCAUUGAAAACAUGAAGGAUGAUGUUGAUACUUUCGUUCUGCCAGGAUUGCCUCAUAGACUCGAGAUGACAAGGUCUCAUUCACCUGUGAAUUUUACUGGUCCGGGUUUUGAAGAAUUCAGGAAGGAGUUGAUGGACAUUGAGUUGGCAGCCGAGGGCGUGUUGGUUAACAGUUUCGACAAUUUAGAGGAUCCAUACGUCCAGUGCCUCCAAAAAGCGAGAGGGACCAAAGUUUGGACGGUUGGGCCAAUGUCAUUGUACAAUAAGAAUGUCUCCGAUAUGGUUUUCAGAGGCAACAAGGGUUCUACCGAUGAGAACCGGUGUCUAUCCUGGCUUGAUUCGAUGAAACCACAUUCUGUCAUCUAUGUGAGCUUUGGCAGUCUCGCUCGUACUUCUCCAUCGCAACUCAUUGAGAUUGGUUUAGGGUUAGAGGCUUCGAACUGUCCGUUCAUUUGGGUGAUAAAAGCUGGUAGCAAAUCUUCCGAGAUUGAAGAAUGGCUAUCUCAAGGCUUUGAAGAGCGGACGAGCAUGAGGGCGCUCAUAAUUCGUGGAUGGGCACCACAGCUGAUGAUAUUAUCACAUCCUGCAAUUGGAGGAUUCAUGACGCAUUGUGGAUGGAAUUCGACGUUAGAGUCUGCAUGUGCAGGCGUGCCAAUGAUUACUUGGCCGCACUUUGCAGAGCAGUUUCUUAAUGAGAAACUGAUUGUGGAAAUACUGAGAAUUGGAAUAACCAUUGGAGUGAAGGCUCCCGUUAAGUGGGGGACAGAGCAGGAUGAAGAUCUGGUGGGGAGAGAUCAUGUAAAGGAGACGGUGAGCAGGUUGAUGGUUGAAGGGGAAGAACGAAGAAUUAUGAGAGAGAUGGUGAAAGAGCUCGGGAAGAAGGCGAAGAAGAGCAUGGAAGAAGGAGGAUCAUCUUAUGGGAACAUGGAUCUCUUGGUUCAACAAAUACGAAGUAAAAUGAUGAUGAAGAAAGAACAGUAGUAUAAAAGGAAAUAAGCACUAAAACUUUUGACUUUGAUCACACACAUCUUUAUAUCUUUCUUCUGUUUGAAAAUGAUUCUAUGCACUGUUUUCUAAAGAGAACUUUGUUGUAUAUCAGUAUAUGCAAAGGAAAGUAUUUAUAUUUGUACAUGAAUUUGUCGAA